AUACAGUCGCAAUUAAUUACAAGAAAAUGACUAAGUUUCACAAAGUUCACUUGCUGCUACUGCUUGUAAUCAAUGUGACGUUUACAUUGGCUCAACAGCCGGAUCCAGCUGUUAAAGAGGCUUGUACGAUGUAUAAGCGCACGAUUUUCGAGGAGCGUGUGGCCAUCAGCUUCCUGAUUCCCAAUGCGCCGGUUACUUGGGAGUCCAUUGAUCACUGUCAGGGUUCGCGACCUUUGAUUGUUGGCGGUCAGCCAGCUGAUCCCAAGGAAUUUCCCCAUAUGGCACGACUCGGCAAUCGCAACGGCAAGAAUGAAACGAACUGGUUCUGUGGCGGCACAUUGAUUAGCAAUCGUCUAGUGCUCACUGCAGCCCACUGUCUCUUCUCCCUAGAUGGUGCGGUGAACGUUGUGCGCUUGGGGGAUUUAGACUUUGCCAGCGAAACCGAAGAUGCAGAACCCGAGGAUUUUGGUGUGCUUAACGCCACCGAACAUCCGGGAUUUAAGCAAUCUGAGUUGUACAACGACAUAGCGAUUCUGGAGCUGGAUCGCGAAGUCAAGUUCAAUACCUACAAACAUCCUGCUUGUUUGCCCUUUGAGGAUGGCAGUCUACAGGAUAACUUCAUUGCCAUUGGCUGGGGUUAUCAGAAGUUUGCCGGCAAACCGUCGACCAACCUACUCAAAGUGAAUCUCAAGAACUUUGCCGAUCGUUGUGAAUUGGCCAGAGAGAUCGUAGAGCUGCCCAAUGGCUUCGAUCCGAAGUCGCAGCUUUGUGUUGGCUCCUCUGAUCGAAAGGACACCUGCAAUGGCGAUUCUGGUGGUCCAUUGUUGACAUAUCACAAGGAGUUUCCCUGCAUGUAUCAUGUGAUGGGCGUCACCUCGACGGGCAUUGACUGUGACACGCCCAAUGUGCCCAGUUUGUAUACGCAAGUUCAUAAUUAUUUGGACUGGAUCAAGCAGCAGUUGGCAGCAACAGCGGCGCGCCACAAAUGAUGGAAUAAUAUAAUCAACAAAUAUACAAUAUAAUUUGUCAUUGAGAAUUACAAAUACAAAGCAAAUAUUAUUGCUUUUUCUAUGCAUA